CUCUCUCUCUCUCUCCCCCCCCAUCGUAUCUAGCCCACCUUUGGGAGCCCUCUCCAGCCAUAAAGUCCCACCACCGGUAGAAACCCAGAACGGUACUGCCUCUGCUACAACUACACUAUCUUCUUGUCAUUCAUUUCUCAGAGAGCUAAAAACAAAUGAUAUCUUUGCAAAACUCAUUUUGUACCCAUCAGUCUUUGUUCCCAAAUGCAUCUAUUCAGCUAGGGUUAUGUAGGCAUGGCCAAUCUCGAAGAGGUGUUUCUUUUCUUGUCAGGGUUGAGCAAGUAUCGACAGCUUCGGCCAUUUCUCAACAAGAUAGACCUGGAAGGCGCCAAGUGCUUGCCGUUGGAGCCACCACUAUCCCUUGUUUUUUGCUUUCCCACCUGACUUCAUCAUCAUUUGCUGCAGAGUCUAAAAAAGGAUUUGUGGCAGUGAAGGACAAUAAUGAUGGGUAUUCUUUUCUAUAUCCCUUUGGGUGGCAGGAAGUUGUCAUUGAAGGCCAAGACAAGGUAUUCAAAGAUGUCAUUGAACCAUUGGAAAGUGUUAGUGUAAAUCUGAUCCCCACCAGAAAACAGGACAUUCGAGAUCUAGGGCCACCACAAGAGGUUGCUGAAACUUUAAUUAAAAAGGUUUUGUCUCCACCCUCCCAGAAGACAAAGCUAAUAGAGGCCACAGAGCAUAAUGUUAAUGGGAAAGCUUAUUACACAUUCGAGUUCAUUGCUCAAGCCCCAAAUUUCACUCGCCAUGCUCUCGGUACAAUUUGUAUCGGAAACGGGAAGUUCUACACACUGACAACGGGUGCCAAUGAGAGGAGGUGGGAAAAGAUGAAAGACAGACUUCACACUAUAAUUGAUUCAUUUGAAAUAGUCAAUGUUUGAGGUGGUUCUCAUAUUUUGCUGUUUCUUCCUAGCUGUACCAGGCUGAGUUUUUGUCAUUCUUUUUGAACUGGGGAGUUUUGGUCAUUCUGUUGUUUGAAAAUGUAUUUCAAUUGUGAAAGGCUAUCCAUUCUAUACAGAUGCAAACAUUUUUUCCCUUGAGAAUUUGAAAUUUACCUGCUGUUUGUGUCUUAGUAAAAGCUUAAUUGCAU